UGGUGUUUGUUUUUUUCCUCAUUAUAUCAAUUUCAUCCUGCCAUAAACACAAGAUUCUGCUAGUGGAUUUAAUUAAUCUUAGCUUUCGGAUAUCUUCAAAUUGGUCUCUCAUGGUUAAUAUUUGCUUGUUUUCUUUAUUCGAUUGCAUUUGCAUUACUCUUGAGUGGACAUUUCUGGUUUGAAGUUUGAAGAGGAGAGAGAGAGAGAGAGGGGGGGGGGUUGUUUAACCGGUAAGUGGGUAUUUAAUUUUAAUUUUAUUUCCUGAUCAAAGCAGAGUUUUCUCAAUUCUGUGAGAAAAGCUUUUACUUUGUAAAGAGUCUACGAUCUGUCCUUUGCCGUCUUUGGUGGAACAAUGUUAUUGCGUCCCAGCUCAUCACACAGUUUACUCUGCAAUUUGCACUUAACUGCAUUUUUGUAGAUUUUUCAUGGACUAAAAUACCCUUAUGUGAGAAAGCUAGGAAUGAAGAAACUUUUAAAUGUUUUUCAUGUUAUCAAAAUAAUAAAUGCCUAUAUUUCUUAUUUAAUACUUACUUUAUAAAAUAAUAAUAGAACAAUAUUUUCAACAAGAUGAUGCAGCAUAGAUAAAUAUCUAAGCAGCCCUUACUAAGAAAUUAAAAAUAAUUUUUUUGUUAAAAAAUAAUAUUAAUAUAACUUUUUUUAUAAUUUUUAAUACAUUAAUGUGUUUUCAAUAAAAUAUUUAUUUUUAAUUCUCUAUCCGGGCACAGAUUAGCAAGACCAUAUAUCAUAACUUCACUAGAGAAAGUUAUUUCCACUUUACUAAUUCAUAGCAGUGAAACUGUGGAGAGAGUAAAACGUAGAGGUCCACAGUAUUAACUAAUCUACCAUUUAUAAAUGCAUUAUCAGCGUUAUCAAGUAAAUCUGCAUUCUAGAAUGGGCGGUUCUUUGACAUUUGAAGAAAAACACGUCUUUAUGCGUGGUUUUCUGUGUGUUACUAACCUAUAUAAAAUUUUUCCUUCUGGAUAAUAAUAAUCAUAGUUGUCAGAAAAUGAUGAGGGUUGUGGCAAUUCAUUGUGACCCAGUUCCCAUUUACUAUGUUGGCAACUGGGUAUACGUUUUAUGAUUUGUAGCUUGCGGAUUAAAGUGAAUCUCUUGCUUGUAAUACUUGGUUGGUAGAAGAACUAGGCGCUACUGAUGUGUAACCUACCAACCAGCCAUCAUUUGAGUAUGUUACACUUCUUAGCUAAAUCCCUGUUUCCUUAGGUCCUACCCUUACAGAUAAGAACAAGAAAUACACAUGGGAUGACAUGAACAAUUAUUCGAGUGUUGUGGUUCAUGAUCAAACAUGAACAAUUAAGGUGUUGUAUCAUGGGCCAGUGCCAAUUUAACGGCAUCCAAGGAUAUUAUCAAUUAGCUAAAUGAACAAUUUGACCAUCUAUAGAUCCUUGUCAUACUUUUGUUUUUAACUAUUAUUAUUAUUAUUAUUAUUAUAGUGUAAAUGCCUUCGAUGGGUAGCCCAAAAUUUGAAUUUCGGUUUUAUUUUGUUAGAACUAGGUUCAAUUAUGCUAUACAUAAUCCUGAUUCCAACUAUGGGAUAUUCCAGAAGAAGGGGUUAUAAACUCGUUUGUCACACACACCCUUAUUCAUGAAUAUAUUUUCUCAUACCUUUCAGUGUUAUGAUAUACCACUCUUGAUUGUUGUUUUCUUGCUGUUUCACUUGUGAACCCGAGCACUACUGCUAGUUGCCAUAUCAAAUUCUAUGUUUUCACAAGACAGGGGGUGUAUAGAUUAUAAUUAGUAAAAUUGUAGAGCCAGUUUGACAGAUAAGUGAAUCAUUCUCCAUUCUCCGUUUUUUGAACCAUAUUUUUCUCAAAAACUACAUACAUUUUUUGCAUGUCAUCUUUUCAUAUGUAAUUUGUGGGAAAAGCGAUAGUCCUACUGAUCAGCUGGUGGUGUCAGUGAUUACUGUUUGAAACACUGUCCACAAUGUGUUCUAUGAGAAUUUUAUAGAUAAAUCUAGGAUCUAGAAAAGUGUACGCACAUAGUAGGUAAAGUUAAAAUAUAAUUUUUACUUCAGUGUCUCUACUUAAUGUGCGUGGUGUGAUCCAUAUAACCUGAUUUCAUCUAGUGGAGUAAGACUAUUUUUGUUGUUUUUGUCUUUGCUUAAUGUCCCAAUAGUCCUUCUAUUUUGUUUCUGAAGGUUUGUUUUAGAUUGGUAAUAUCCUUCUGCUGAAAAUUUAGUGCAUAUAUUUGAUUUACUUUAUGUGCCUUUGAUUUAGAUUGAGGAUUUAUACCUUAUUGCUCUUGUAAAUAACUCAAUAUCACCAAGUUACAUAUCCUUUUUCAUGUUUGGAUUUACUAUAUAAAUAUAAUGUGUUGUUCUUACUGAAGUUACAUUAUUUUCCUUCUCUCAUUCACAGUUUAUGAUCAAUGUCACAUGGUCAUUUUGAGUCUCUAGUUAAAAUGGAAGUCCUUCAUUUAUAGGCACUUUUCUUUUACAGAUGCUUUUAUUGGUGUCAACGUGGGUUCAGAUGUAUCUGACAUGCCCAGUCCAACAGAGAUUGUGGGUCUUCUUAAGGCUCAAAGUAUCCAACAUGUCAGACUCUAUGAUGCUGACCAAGCCUUGCUUCUUGCACUUGCCAAGUCAGGAAUCCGUGUAACUAUUUCUGUUCCCAAUGAUCAGCUACUUGGCAUUGGUCAGUCCAAUGCCACUGCUGCAAACUGGGUUGCUCGAAAUGUCAUAGCUCAUGUCCCUGCUACCAACAUUACUACCAUAUGUGUUGGAUCUGAGGUUCUAACUACCCUCCCAAAUGCAGCCCCUAUCCUUGUCUCUGCCAUAAAUUUCAUUCACUCUGCUCUUGUUGCUGCGAAUCUGGAUCGGCAAAUUAAAGUCUCUACUCCACACUCAUCUUCUAUCAUCCUUGACUCUUUCCCACCUUCUCAGGCAUUUUUCAAUCGUACUUGGAACCCAGUCAUGGUUCCCUUGCUUAAAUUUUUGCAAUCAACAGAUUCAUAUUUUAUGCUCAACGUAUAUCCAUAUUAUGAUUACCAGCAGUCCAAUGGUGUAAUCCCACUGGAUUAUGCCUUAUUCCGCCCCCUACCUCCAAAUAAGGAAGCUGUUGAUGCCAACACUCUUCUGCAUUAUACUAAUGUUUUUGAUGCAGUUGUUGAUGCUGCUUAUUUUGCAAUGUCUGAUUUGAACUUCACCAAUAUCCCUAUUCUGGUGACUGAGUCAGGAUGGCCCUCCAAAGGUGAGUCAUCUGAGCCUGAUGCAACUGUUGAUAAUGCCAACACUUACAACAGUAACUUGAUCAGACAUGUCCUUAACAACACGGGGACUCCUAAGCAUCCUGGAAUUGCAGUUAGUACGUAUAUUUAUGAGCUUUAUAAUGAAGACUUAAGAUCAGGUCCAGUCUCAGAAAAGAACUGGGGCCUAUUUUAUGCUAACGGAGAGCCUGUGUAUACCUUACACUUGACUGGUGCUGGUAUUGUAUUUGCAAAUGAUACAACAAACCAAACCUUCUGUGUUACAAAGAGUAAUGCUGACCCUAAGAUGCUACAGGCAGCACUUGAUUGGGCUUGUGGACCUGGGAAGGUGGAUUGUUCCCCUUUGCUGCAGGGUCAACCAUGUUAUGAACCAGAUAAUGUAGUUUCGCAUGCUACAUAUGCUUUCAAUGCAUAUUAUCAGAAGAUGGCUAAAUCUCCUGGGAGUUGUGAUUUCAAAGGGGUUGCAUCUAUCACCACCACAGAUCCAAGUCAUGGUUCUUGUGUAUUUCCAGGAAGUCACGGUAAAAAAGGCACCAGAAUAAAUGGAACGUCACUUGCCCCAUCUAAUUCAACAAGUUCAAGUUGCUUGUCACAAUAUUACAACAAUGGUGGAUCUUUCACAAGCCUUGUGGCUCUUGUUUUACUUUUUGGUGCAGUUGUUGCAUAAAACGCAUAAAACUAUGCGCAUCUCUUGUUCAUCAUUUGAAUAUAAUUUCUGAGGCCAUGGUCUUCAGCUGCCUUCUGAAAGAUUCUACAGUGGCAUACCUAAUUUAGUGUUUUUCCUGUAGAGAAUUUAAAGGGUGGCAAGGUUGAUGAAAAUGUAUAUCGGUGAUUUUUACAUGAGUUGUACAUCGAAUUUUUGUACAAACAAACCAAGAGUAAUUAUUUGACAUAAUUUCU